AUGGCCAAAUCCCACGACGCCGACAGCGGUUCGUUGAUUUGGAACCUGAUCAAGCUCUUCCUCACCUUGGCCAUCUUCGGUGGUCUCGCCUAUACGGUCAAGUUGAUCAUGGCCGCUUGGAAAUCGGCCGUGACGUGAGUUUGUUCGGCUUGGGGGGGGGGGGGGGGGGGGCGUUUCUAGCUCUAGUCUAGUCUAGGAUUCUGAAAAUUGGGAGUUGGAGAGGAAUUGGUGGUGUGGAGGACUACGGUGGACGGUCGAGAUUUCGGGGGGAUGGGGGGGGUUGGUUGGUUGGUUGCAGGUGCUGAUCGAUAUGGGUUUCGGAUUCUCGUUUCAGGUCGACGAAGGAUAGUUUGGCACAUCAAGGUGUUUCCAUCAGUUCGAAAGGGUACGCUCUUCAUUCCCCUUUAUCGCUCGAUCAUCUGGCCUGCAGGGAUUCGAGCGGUCGGUCUGGUCGACCGAACUGGUGCACGCAUCUCGGAAUGAUAACGAUUGUGUUACCCACUCAGUGUGGCGGUCAAGACGGACAAACGACAAGUCACGGCCGAGGAAACGGCGGACAAGAUGAGGAGUGGGAUCAUGAAAGUCAGUCCCUCCGCACCAUCAUCCCAUCCGAGGAAUCCAGUCGGAAGGAAUUAACUCUUAAAACUUCUCUUGAUUCAUUGGGGACCUCGCCCUCGCAGGGAUGGAAAGCUUCUACGUUCAAGGUGGGUGCCUGGCUCAUUUCUCGAGGAACGUGACCGAUUUCUAAAAAAGUUGAAAGAUUCCUCUGAUUGACGGCUCAUCUCACAUUAGGUUCCUUCUUCGCUGGCGCAUGCUUCAAACUUGGCUGGAUCGACGUGAGUAUUUUCUUCCAAAGGAUCCCAAUCUUUGUGUCGGAAGCAAGUCGAUCAAGCUUACUGCUCUUCACACUGAAUACCGCUCUGCAUCGGUACAGACACGACAAGCAUAAGACGGAAUACGAGGCCAAGUGUACGGUUGGCACCGCACCACUUAUUACGAGUUUCAGCGCCGGGGAAAGACCUUUUUGGCUGAUGAUUCUCUCCCGGGGCCCCGAACCCGCUUUUUGCUCCGACGUGCAGACGGCCCCAAGAAGCACAAGAACCACGUCGAUUGA